AUGGACUCAGCCGGAAUAUGCGAGUUCACAGGGACAAAAAACGCGGAGAAAGAGGCGGUGAACCAGAAGGUAACGGAUUACUUCAACGAGACAAUAGAACAUCGAGAAGACGGCUACUACGUACGGCUUCUGUACAAAGACAACCACCCUCCUUUACCAGACAACAGAAAUAUAGCAGUGAAGAGACUUCACAGCGUAAUUAACAUGCUACGGAACAACGCAGACCUCCUGAGGAAUUAUGAUAACACUCUUCGGGACCAGCAGAAGUUAGGGAUAAUCGAAGAAAUUCCCAAUGAACAAAAUUCUGUUCAGAUUAAAAAAGGAAAAAUCCUUCAUUACAUCUCACAUCAACCGGUUUUAACCCCGCAUAAGGAGACGACAAAACUCAGAAUCGUCUUCAACGCAUCGUCACACUAUAGAGAAUGUCCUUCCCUCAACGACAUUCUACAUCAAGGACCAUUUAUUCUUCCAGAACUAUAUGGUCUACUAAUCAGAUUUCGAAUACCAACUUACGUGACCGUAUCUGAUGUAGAAAAAGCAUUUCUGCAAGUACGCCUACAUGAGCAAGACCGAGACGCCGCACGGUUCUUGUGGUUAAGAAACCUCGAGUCGCCGGUCACAGAAAACAAUAUGAUCACAUUCCACUUCACCAGAGUGACAUUCGGACUUAACGUUUCACCGUUUCUACUCGCAGGCACAGUACAAUACCACCUUCAGAACGCAGUAGAAGGCAAGAAACUAGCACAAGAAAUUCGAGACAAUCUAUACGUCGACAACUUGAUACUCGGCGCACAUGAUAUAGAAGAAUUAAGACAAAAAGCCAUAGUGGCACGACAGAUCUUCAAGGACAUGAACAUGAAUCUGCGCGAGUUCCUGGCCAACACGAAUUCACUACAGGAACUCCUUCCACAGCAGGCGAUUGCCAAAUCAACAACAUUGAAAGUACUCGGCAUCGCGUGGGACGCGCCAACAGACUGUCUCAAGAUGAGAACCUUAUUUCCGUGCAACGAAGACGUUACCAAAAGAUUGAUCGCACGACAAAUCGCAUCCAUAUACGACCCCUUGGGAUGGCUAGUUCCUUUACCUACACCUGCGAAACAUUUCCAACAACAAUUAUGGAAACAAAAAUUUGCGUGGGACACUCAGUUACCAGAGCCAGUCUCAAAACAAUGGAAGAGCCUAGCCAGCAACGUAGAUAAUUUCGAAGUGAUAUUCCCACGCAGGUUCUCGAUAGACAUCAAACAGAUCAAAUUAGCGAUCUUUGCCGACGCUAGCGACAUAGCAAUGGCCACAUGUGCCUAUUUCUUUGAUAACACUAACUCUUCGUUAGUGAUGGCCCGAUGUAAACUACCUUCAAUCCGGACGCUGCCAACUAUUCCGAAACUAGAAAUAAACGCACUCACGAUGGCAGCACGACUCGCAUGGGCAGUGUAUCAAGCGUUGGAAUCUUCGUCAAAGACACCCAACCAGAUCCUCCUUUUCUCGGAUACACACAGAUUGCCCUUAGAGAUCCAAAAAAUUGUGACCGCACUCAACGACAAGGGAGCAGCGGUUCGUUUCGGCUACGUCAGUACUCACGACAACCCAGCAGAUGCCGGAACGAGAGGACUCACACGAGAGCAACUAAAGGACCAUAAAUUAUGGUGGAAAGGUCCAAAAUUCCUCGGCCAGCCCGAGACAGAAUGGAAUAUAAAGUUUUAUCCAUAUGAUAAGCAGACGUCAACAGAUUCGACAGUAGAUCAGGCGAGAAUCAACACCACACUGAAAAUUGUAGAUAUUAUGGAACCCAUCAUAAACCUGAUCCGCUUCAGUUCACUCUUGAAAGCGAAGAGAGUUACAGCUAGAACACUGGUCUCCCUCAAAAAGCUGUUGCAGCCCUUAUCGGAACAAACGAGGAACCGGAUAUACCGAAACAUCCCAGAGCUCCUACGUAUUACGUGUAUUACGUGGUCCACACGGUUGACGGCUGAAGAUAUUCUCACAGCCCGACUGAGACUCAUACGCGACCACCAACAUUUAUACUUGUCAAGAGACUACAAGAAAUCCGUGGACAACUCAUUACGCCUCUUUAAGGACGAAGAUGACAUAUGGCGUUCACGAGGACGGCUGCAGCACUCGGCUUUGAACACACACGCAAAAUCACCAAUCUUCAUUGCGCCUAACACAAGACUAGCCUUCCUAAUCAUCCAAGAUGCCCACGGAAGAUAUCAUCAAGGAAUAGAACACACUAUUGCUACGGUGCGUCAGACAUACUGGAUACCAAAGAUACGCCAACAGACUAGGAAGCUAGUGCAGCAGUGCGCGAAGUGCCGACGCUUCAAUGCUCCCCCAUAUCCGUACCCGGAGAGCACAGACCUACCACCACGACGCGUGCUUCAAAGCAGAGUUUUCCAACAUAUCGGCCUGGACUUUUUCGACUUACCACGUACGUCAAAUGCUGCAGAAAAUCAACGUUAUUACGGAUGUAUAUUUACCUGCACAGUUACACGGCUAAUACACCUAGAAAUGCUAGAAAACAUGAGCACGGUAGAGUUUAUCAACGCGUUACGUCGCUUCGUGGCAAGGCGUGGACUACCCACGUCAAUCACAUGCGAUAACGCACCCACGCCACUAACCUACCAAUCCGCAAAGCAAGAGGAUUUAACGUCGAUAAGACCAGUGGAUUUCCUUCAACGCGACAUCAAUAUCACAUUCCCACAUGAACGACUCGUCGAACCCACCGACGACGACACAGAUUACUUGCCACCAGAUGAACUACGCGCACUCCAAACACGGCAAGAGGUGAACACGGCACCGAAAUCUUCCUGCGAAGCCAAGGCGAAAUUCUGGAAAAUUUGGCAAGACCAAUACCUCACAAGUUUACAAAAAAAACAUAAGACAUGGCUGACGAAUCAAAAACACGGUCAGCAAGGCCCGAAGAUCGGGGACGUAGUGCUCGUUUGCGACCCAAUCUUACCGAGAAAUGAGUGGAGAAUGGCUAGAAUAACGGGCACCCAGAGAGGUUCAGAUAAGGCCAUACGAGAAGUGGAACUUAUCACAUCCACACAUCGGAAGAUCCGACGCCCAGUAAACUUAAUAACACCACUCGAAAUCUCUGCCCACUCCUCGGACCCCGGAUCCAGUGAGCGGGAGGGAAACGAGGAUGGGAACGAGCAAGAGGAUCAAACAACCGCGAAGGAAACCACGGCAAGAUAUAAUCUCCGUCCACACCGACCAACCUCGAUGAAACAGAUAUUUGAAAUGCGCACGGACAGAUCAUACAAACUGUAUGAGACACGGUUGAACCAACUACUACUGAAAUUACCACCGCAAAUCACGUUACACGACCACGCGGGGACACAAAAAGGGCACAAAAACAAGAAACUGAGACAACCGCGAUGCGGGACAUCUAGCGGUACGCGCUGUACGCAGAGAGCGGAACACGAUCUAGGAAUAGAAUAUCGAAGCCAAACGCAGAGCCAACGUCAUUAUACCCUCCAACUCAUACCCAAGGUUCUAACGAAAAAGGCGCACGGUGAAUACUCUGCACACGACACUGACAAUUUGAACGUGAAAUUUCCUCUCAAAACGCUAACAGCGCAUGUAGAACUUGUACACUUAGACAUCAGAAAAGAAAAUGCCCCACACAUAUCGCAGAAACUCGUAACGCUGAAAAUUUCAUGUUUCAGAACGAUGUCUCACCUCAGGGAAGAACCUCACCAAGACGAGUCCCCCAGCAGGACGAGCCAUAAUAACAGUGACCAACGCAGCAUCGAGUCGCUAGAUUCGUAUCGGGAUGAUCCCGAGUUCGAAGAGGAUGUGUGGAAUCAACUGCAGCAACUCCGGACUGCUCUCCACUUCCUACCGAAUGCCGACAAACUACGUGAUCAGAUCAUUACGGUUGUAUUACAAUUGGAUGUCGCCUCAUCAUCCUUGACUAACUUUGUAGAGCAAGUACAAUCUCUGACCCUCAGGAACACCCUGUCUAGGUCCCAGCGCGUGAGCAAGAGGUACUACCUCAGCCUGUGGGGCGAUAAGAUAAAUGUGGAACUACAGUUCAGCAGGACGCAGCCGAGAACACUAUUUGCUAUACCACCAAUACUUGUUGCCCUCAGAUCUACGACUCAGGAUUGGUGGGACGAGUUAAUCCGAAUGCCAGCUUACAACGCCAAUGGACACCCCAUGCAACUGGAUGAAGACUUCCUGGAGAGGCGCAUCGCAGACGAACUGCAAGUGCUUGAUCGGAACCGCGAUAGAGUGGCGAACUAUAUCCACGAAACGAGCAUGGUGGGUCAGCUCAAACAGGAAUCCCUAAAAGAACAGAUAGCGCAAACCUUGAAGACAGCGAUCCAGAACAGGGGCAGGGGGCAGACCAUGCCGAGCAUCGACAUGGAGACUCAGACAGAAACCCCCGCCGGGGACGCGGAAUGCCAAACUCUCCCAACCGGGCAAUGCGACCAAUCAACACAGAUCGAACCGACGACGCAGACGCAACCCACCCAGGCCUUCGAAGAACCCGGAGAGGAUACAGACAGCGAGACCCAACAAGACGAACCACUGAACAGCAAAAAUGGCAAGCGUCACUUGAUCAAGAACCAGCCCCCACAUUGA